CGAGAGCGAAGCGCCUCCUUCGGACUUUUCCUAGUUGCAACAUUUCUCCUCCCCCACGUGGUGGCUCCUGCGCGCCUCCACCAAUCCGGGGGCUCCCGGAGCCGACCUUUGUGGCUCGAGAGCCAAUCAGAAGGAGGAAAGGACCAAUUCGAGCCCCGCCCCUCCUGGGGAGGUUAUAAAAAGCGCCGUCAGCUGCUCUGGCCGAGUCAGAAUCCGAUCCGCCGCCGAAGCAGCGCCUGUGCUGGACUGGAUCUUAAUUUCUCUUUUUGUGCAUUGUUAUUUUUCCUCCAGCACUUUGGAAAUCGCCUUGUUCUUCCGCUGGGAUUUAUUCGCAGGACCUUCUGGAUUUUCUGGCUUGUGGGGAAACGUUGCUUUGCUGGAAGAAAGGAAGGAAAGGAAGAAAAAACCCACCAAUUUUUCUGGCAUUACCUGGACUGGUUUUUUUCCCCCCUUUUGCGCCACUGUGGAUUAUAAUUGCAACAUGACUCUGGAAGAGCUGGUGUCUUGCGAUAACACAGAAAACAAGUAAGUUUGUGUCUGGGGGGAAAAAAAGUGGAGUGGAAGUUUCUGCUGUGGAUUUUUUUGCUCCUGGUGCCAAAAUCUCAUUUGUUCUCUCCCUUCUUCUCCCCAAAAAGGAUGAAGUCAGUAAGUGAAGCUGUGGAGCAGCUCCUGGUAGCAGCCCAGAGGCAGGGGGCCUUGACAGUUGGGGUCUACGAGUCUGCCAAACUCAUGAAUGUGUAAGUCAUUUUUUUUAUUGCAUUUUUUCUGGCUCCAGUAAGUGACUCUUGUGGUUUGUGUGUGUGUUUCAAAAGCAAGGCUUUGUCUGUGCCGCCAGUUUAGUUCAAAUUCACAGGGCGUGCGAAUCGUUGCUUUUUGAAACAUACAAGCAACUAUAUUCAUUUAUUUUCAGAAAUGGAUAAAUGACGUUGCAAGGCGGGGGGGGGAGGCAACUUUGAUUUGCAUCUAGGAAAGCCAAACCUUGCAACAAUAAAAAAGUAAAAAACAGAAAACAAAAAGUAACUUACUUAUAAUAUGUAACUAUAGAAAUAGAUGGAAACAGGUAACUUUUAGUAUAUACACUUUUGUAACUAAAAAAUAAAGCAUGUAGCUUUUUAAUGGGCAACUAAAAUGCACAUCUUCUUAAUAGGUAGCUAAGAUUGUGUAGCUUUUUAAUAAGUAGCUAAAAUAAAAUAUGUAACAUUUUAAUAGGUAGAUAAAAUAGAGUGUGUAACUUUUUAAUAGGGGGCUAAAAUGAAGCCAAAUUUGCAAAUGGGCUAAAGGGAGCGGUGGAGGCAGGGAACGGCCCUGGUUUGGGGCUUGGGCUGGAAAGAGCCGCCCUUAACUCUCCUGCCGCUUCCUCUCCCCAGGGACCCGGACAGCGUGGUCCUCUGCCUGCUCGCCAUCGAUGAAGAAGACGAGGAUGACAUUGCCCUGCAGAUCCACUUCACGCUCAUCCAGGCCUUUUGCUGUGACAACGACAUCAACAUCCUGCGUGUGUCCGGCAUGGAGCGGCUGGCGGCCGUGCUGGGAGACGGCUCCCAGGACACCGCGGAGCCACAGGACCUGCAUUGCAUCCUGGUGACGGUGAGUUGAGCUGGCAGCGCCCACGUGGCCCUGGCAUGCCCGAGGUUUCCUGGGACGGUGCCAGGAGAGGAGCUGCACAUGCGGGACUUGCCUGGUCGGGAAACGGGGAGGGUGCAGGCCGGGCGCAAGGAGCAUGGGGAUCAAUGGAGCGCACCUCCGGGGGUGAAGCCAAACUGCUGUGUUAGCACCACCAAAGUGACCCUCUGGGGCACAAGCCUGGGCAGUGCGUCUGGAGGUCCACCAGUGUGUCUGGUUCCCCCCACAGGGGGAAAUGCCCAGCCUGCAAGCCUUGGCCUUGCCACAGCAGGGGAGAGAUGGGUGCUUUCACGCUGCAUCCUGCAGUUUAAUAGUGUUUUGUUUCUUAAAAAGAGAAGUUCUGGAGGUGGACAAAUGUGAGGGACAGCUUUGGGGGAGGUCGGCCAUCAUGUCCUGGCCAGCCGCCAUGGGAAGGGGGCAUAUCACCCCAACAUGUCUGGGGGGAAGGGAAUAGUCUGUUGUCUCAGCGCCAUUUGGGGAACUGACAAGCUCCCCUGACUGGCCCAGAUCGGAAUGUCCUUCCUCCUCCAGGGAGGGGAGGAAUUCCUGAAAUGUCAUUUUUGCUCCUGUGUGUGUGAGAGAGGGAGCGCACAUGCGCAGUUUAGCCCAGCCAGAUGUGAGCUGUGUAAACAGCACUUCCUGAGCUGCCUUCUGGAUUGCAAGAUGGGGGCAGAAUGCUUUUCUUAUUAUCUAUUUACCAUGUUUAUAUGCCCUCCAGGAAGAUACAGGCCCCUCAAGGUGUCAUAUGCAGUUCUCCUCCACUCCCUCUCUCAGUCCCCACAACACCCCUGUGAGGUAGGCUAGGCAGAGAGGUAUAGUAACUGCCCCCCCCCCAGCUCACCCCCUGAGCUUCAUGGCCAAAUGCAGGGAUUUGAACCCUGGUCUCUCCUGGGUCCUUGUAUUCUGACAUUCUGGACAGGAUCUUGUUUUUGCAGCUGGAGGUUUCAUGUGUCUUCCCUCCCCCUCUCUCCCACAGAACCCGCACACGGAUUCCUGGAAGACCCAGGGCUUGGCAGAGGUUGCCAGCUACUGCGAAGAGAGCCGCUGCAACAACGAGUGGGUGCCCUAUGUCACCCUCCAGGCUCGCUGAGCCGCCCCACGAUGCCACCUUGCCAACUGGGAAAAAUAAACCAAGAAGGGAAGAGAAAGCGUUCUCUUUUGUUGUUGUUGUUAAGAAAAAAACUAACCGAAACCACGACUGGCCGCCCCAGCAGAAGCUGAGUGGUGGGUGGUGAGUCAGAGAGACGAGGCGAUGGUGACGAGAUGAUCUCCGAGGAGGAGGAGGCGGCGGCUGCCUGGUGACCUGCUGACUUGCAAGCUCCUGCGUCAGCUGACUGCUCAGCAGGAGGAGGAAGAGGAAGAGGAGGGCCGCGCCUUCCUUUGUGCUGCCGGGAAAGGGAUCUGCUGCCUUGGGGAGGAUUGCACAGACGCCCUCUUGCCAAGAGAAAGGCAGACGGAAGCAGAAUCCUUAGCAUCUGCGGGACAGCUUUACAAAAAAAAGACAGUUUGCAAAUGAACUCCUUUUUUAAAAAAUUUAAAAAUGAACUGGAUGCAGAGAAGUUCUUAUUUAUCUAUUUAAGAGAAAAAACACGCAAAAUGACUUUUUUGCACUGAGAGAGAAUCAAAUACAUCUAUAUAUUCUUAUAUGUGAUUUUAAAAGCUGCAAUAAAAAAUUUUGUUACCUUCUG